CAUGAACUGAGAAGGAGGAGUAAUCAGGGAGAGGAUAAGUAGAGGCAGAGCCACACAGAGAUCAACUUAGAAAAAAGACAGUCCCUCUUUGCAUCACAAAAAUGAAGGCUGAUUUCACCAACUCCACUGACGAUCAACAAAACGAUGUUGAUAAUGUUCCAACUGUCCUACAGACGACUACGCUGGUCAUCUACUGCUUGAUAUUCGCAUUUGGGACUAUUGGCAACAGUCUAGUCAUCUAUGUGACAGGCUGCAGGAUGAAGAGAACGGUCAACUCAGUUUGGUUCCUCAACUUGGCCCUGGCUGAUUUCCUCUUCACAACCUUUCUGAUUUUCACAAUAAUUUCUCACUCUCAGAACACCGAAUGGAUGUUUGGACAAGUACUAUGCAAGCUCAACACCAUUGUGAUUUUACUCAACAUGUUUGCCAGUAUCUUUCUUCUGACAGCCAUAAGUCUGGAUCGUUGUUUCUCAAUCUGGUUGGUGGUUUGGGCACAAAACAGGCGUACUGUUGGCAAAGCCCAGAUCAUAUGCGUUGUCAUCUGGAUUACUGCUGGGGUCUGCAGCGCUCCAUUUGCCCAUUUUCGAGAGGUUAUUUCUUAUCACGGGAAGGAAUACUGUAAUUAUCCUCAAUCCAUUACAGAGGGAACAAUAAUAAAAAAUCUCAACAUAUUUCGCUUUGUUAUGGGCUUCCUCAUCCCAUUCCUGGUAAUAUGUGUCUCUUAUGUGGCCAUAGUUGUUCGUGCUAGGCGCCUGCAAAAGACAAGAAAACAGAAAUGUCGCCGGAUCAUUUUCUCUGUUGUUCUUGCAUUCUUCAUCUGCUGGUUGCCCUUCCAUGUUUUGCAAUUUAUUGAUUCAAAUAACCAACAUCUUGCUUCUAUUCAGAUUAUUGGUCCUCUGGUUGUGAGUCUUUGUUUUAUGAACAGCUGCCUGAAUCCCAUUCUCUAUGUUUUCAUGUGUGAUGAAUUCCAGCAGAAGCUUAAGCAAUCCAUAUGCUUUGCAUUAGAAAGUGCCCUGGCUGAGGACCACUUGUCAUUUAUGUCCUCUCGCUCCCUGUCGUCACACCUUUCACGGAUUUCUCGUAAGUCUGACUCUACUGCACCCAUGGAAAAGAUAGGCACAGUCACUUGCUCAACCACAGAAAGAGAGACACUGCGCACGGAUGAAGAUCAAUAAUGACAAAAAGUAAAGUAUGAACUGAAAAUGGACUGUUGAAUUGAUUUCAUCAGUCCAUCUGUGUGCAGAAAAUUAUUGAUGAUAUUUUGUAUAUAUGUGCAUUCUAAUGUUCUCCGUAGUAUCACCCUUAACAGGUGUCUACAAUGUGUCUUUGACUCCCGUGUUAUUUUUGUUGCAUCUGUAACUAGAUCCAUUUUCUUUCUAUCAGAUGUAUUUUGAUGAAAUCGCAAAGCUCUCUAGAUCAAUCAUCGUUUUGGGGUGUGCUGUGGCUUUACAAUGUAAAUAUGAAUGUAUGUGUAUAAGAAUGACAUAUUUUGUACAACAUAUUUCAUCAGAUAUGGAAAGACUUAACAUUAUAUGAUAAAGUGCACAGUUAUAUGUUUAUGUUUAUGCCUGUGAUGUAGUCAAUACAAUUUCUAGCUUAUUUUCCCCAGUUGUUUUUUUUUGGCAGGCUUAUAUUCUUUAGAAGCAUAAUACUGGUACAAAGGGCUGAGCUUCAAAAGUUGAGUUAUAUGCAUUACCGUACAGUGAUUAAAAACACAUGUGAUUUCUU